CCCAUCUAAUAUGCACUUGAUAGAAAAACACGAUUAGGGUUUUCACGUGCAAAUAGAGGCAAGAGAGAGAACACCUAUUUCCUCCGCCGUUGACAGAAUCCGUUUGGGAUCUCAUAGCGUUCGUUGUCAUGGAUCAAGUGUCGGUGCCUGUUUCUCUUCAUUCACUUGCUCCAUCUAUUCCCUCACUUAAUGGAACAAAUUUCUCAGAUUGGAGUGAGCAAGUUCAGUUUCACCUUGGUGUCCUGGAUCUUGAUUUAGCACUCCGAACUGACAAACCUGCUGCUCUUACGAAUACAAGCAGCACUGAGGAAAAAUCUCUCUAUAAUGCCUGGGAGAGAUCGAAUAGAUUGAGCAUGAUGUUUAUGCGAAUGACUAUAAUGAGCAACAUAAAGACUGGCCUUCCUCAAGCUGAAACUGCUAAGGAAUACUUGAAAAAUAUUGAGACUCGUUUCAAGACUGCUGACAAGUCUCUUGCUGGGACAUUAAUGGCUGAGCUUACCACCAAGAAAUUUGAUAGUAUGCGAAGCAUGCAUGAGCAUGUCCUUGAAAUGACUAAUAUAGCAGCAAAGCUAAAGACUCUUGGAAUGAAUGUGGAUGACUCAUUUCUUGUUCAAUUUAUUUUGAACUCCUUGCCUCCUCAGUAUGGGCCAUUUCAAAUCAACUAUAAUGCUAUUAAGGACAAAUGGAAUGUUGAUGAAUUGGCCACAAAACUCGUUCAAGAGGAGGGAAGGCUUAAGCAGCAAGGAGAACAUUCCGUUCAUUUAGUAAGUCAAGGAGCUGAAAGAAAAUUUGGAAGAAAGCCUGGAAAGGGCAAGAAAAGAGGAUCACCCAAGGUGAAUGGACCUGCUAAUGCUACUCAGGCUCAUGAUAAGGAACAUAAAAGUGAUUUUAUGUCGCUUCUGUAGGAAGCCUGGGAAUUAUCAAAAGAAUUGCCAGAAAUUCAAG